AGGAAUGAAGAAGUUUGAGUACAAGGGCAAACAGUGGCACGACUGGUGCUUCAUCUGCUCAGAGUGUAACCAGCCAAUAGGAAACAAGAGCUUCAUCCCACGUGACGAGCGCGUCAUCUGCGUGCCAUGCUACGAGAGCAAAUACGCCCAGAGAUGCAGCAAGUGCAGCGACGUAAGAAAUUUUUAGUAGCCGACCAAUUUCUUUUUAAGAACAACUGGUCUACAUUUUUGUACAGGCGUAGACACAAGAUAAGAAUCCUUAUCGGGAAACGAUUUGGCCGUGCGUAGUUUCCAAAGAGGCGUAGCUAAGGGGGGGGGGGGCAGACUAGUUAAGGGCGCCAAAAUGUGCUUUGAUAUUAUUUUAUUGAUGAAAAUAAUGGGUUUGAGAGUUGAAAAAAGAAAGGGAGGCUCUUUAAAAUCACUCUUGUCCACGGGCGCCAAACACUCUAGCUAUGCCUCUGACCGGUACAAACCUAUCAAUUUCAAUUUCUUAACUGAUUUUAAAAUAACAGAUAGUGAAACACUUGUGGAAAUAUCUUGUCGUUUGGUUUUGUCUGAAGUCUUUUGAUUCUCACAAUUAUUGUACUCAAGGUUCAAUGUACAAAACAAAUGGAUAUUUCCCUUAUUUGAUUAGCACGUCAAGUAACGAGAAUGCACUUUUUUCCCCUCAAUUCAUUGCUUUAACCAUCAUCAAAAAUCUUCCCCCAACGGUUUGACUUGUGUUACAUCCAUAUCAUCUCAACGUUAAGGGGAAUAACUCUAAAUAACUAAUUUAAAAAGAGAUUCCCAUUCUUUUGUUGUAUCAAUCAACCCAGUUUCUAACCCUUACCGCUCUACCCCCCACCCACCCCACCCCAGGUGAUCAACAAGGGCGGCAUCAGCUACAAGAACACUCCGUGGCACCGUGAAUGCUUCACCUGCACCCACUGCAGCAAGCAGCUCGCCGGGGAGAAGUUCACCUCCAAGGACGAGCAGCCCUACUGCGGGGACUGCUACGGUGAACUGUUCGCCAAGCGCUGCUGUCGCUGUACCAAGCCGAUCACCGGUAGGCCCCCCCCCCUCGGACUUGUGAUGACAGACUGACAGAAUAACUGAUAACAUAUGACAGACUGACAUAACAUAUUACAGACUAACUGAUAACAUAUGACAGACUGAUAUCUUAUGACAGACUGAUUGAUAACAUGUGACAGACUGAGUGAUAAAAUAUGACAGACUAACUGAUAACAUAUGACAGACUGACUGAUAACAUAUGACAGACUGACUGAUAACAUGUGACAGAAUGACUGAUAACAUAUGACAGUUGUUGAAUUGCUUAAAAUAGUCGAGUUAAAGAAGAACUAACAUGUGACAGACUGACUGAUAAAAUAAGACAGACUGACUAAUAACAUAUGGCAGACUGACAUAACAUAUUACAGACUAACUGAUCACAUGACAGACUGAUAACUUAUGACAGACUGACUGAUAACAUAUGACAGACUGACUGAUAAACAUAUGACAGACUGACUGAUAUCAUGUGACAGACUGACUGAUAAAAUAAGACAGACUGACUAAUAACAUAUAACAGACUGACAUAACAUAUUACAGACUAACUGAUAACAUGACAGACUGAUAACUUAUGACAGACUGACUGAUAACAUAUGACAGACUGACUGAUAACAUAUGACAGACUGACUGAUAUCAUGUGACAGACUGACUGAUAAAAUAAGACAGACUGACUAAUAACAUAUGACAGACUGACAUAACAUAUUACAGACUAACUGAUAACAUGACAGAUGGAUAACUUAUGACAGACUGACUGAUAACAUAUGACAGACUGACUGAUAACAUAUGACAGAAUGACUGAUAACAUAUGACAGUUGUUGAAUUGCUUAAAAUAGUCGAGUUAAAGAAGAACUAAGAAUAAAUGUCUCCUGAAGGCUAGAGUCUGGGGCUCUUAGUGUCCAGGGGUGGCAUGAAAGGUUCCUAUGUAGGACUCAUAUUUUAUUUAACACUUGAAGAUAUGAUUUUUAUUUUAUUUUAAAGUUUUGAAGUAAACAGUGAUGGGAGAUAGUUUUAGGGUGAAGCUUUAAUGUAAUGCCAGUAAUGGGGUUCAUGGAAAAAUUAUGGGAACCUCUCUUCAACUGUUCCAUCUUCACCGAGUUGUAACAAUUCCAAACUAUUUCCUUCUCUAAACCAGGUAUUGGCGGUACCAAGUUUAUCUCCUUCGAAGAGAGGCACUGGCACAGCGACUGCUUCAACUGCUACAAAUGCGAGGCCAGCAUGGUGGGGCGGGGUUUCCUCAUGAACGGAGAUGACAUCGUCUGUCCAGAGUGCGGCCGUAGCUAGAAACCAAAUUUAAAAUUUUAGCCAAAUAAUGAUGAAAAUCCCUUUUUAACAAAUUUGAAAGCGGUCAUUUAUUUUAACAUGUGACGCUGUAUAGUCUUAUAUAUUAUAGUCACAUAACCUUUUGAUACAAAAAAAAAGAGUGAUUUAAAAAAAAAAAUAAUAAAAAUCACCAUUACAAAUUUGUUAAUUUGAGCCUUACCCUGAAGUGAUAAGGGGCGAUCACUCCCGAUAACUUUAUUUUAACGGAUCCAUUUACUGUUUUAUCUAAGUUUGCAAACUCCUGUUGUUUCACAUAAGUAUGUCAAUGGCAGGGCACAUGCUAGUUAGAAAGGUAAUUCAAGGAACUGUUGAAUUCUUUGAGUGGGAAAAAAAAAAAAAUGCACUUCACCAUAGAGUUGGCUGUGUUUGUGUAGGUGUUCCAUCAAGAUGUGGGAAACAUGUGCGUGUGUGUACAGUUAUAAUAAAUUAUUGUAACAAAGUCUAAAGUGCAUGACAUAAUCAAUAUUGUAAUAAUCAAAUUGCUUGUUUUGUUAAAAGAUACAAUUGUUCUUGAAUUUUUUUUUUUUUUU